AUGAACGGACAGCAUUGCAAACGACAACAGAAGUCUCAAGUCAUUGCGGUUGGUGAAUGGCAGAAGGAAGAGAAGGUUGAUCAGUUCUUGGCUGUUUUGACGGUUAGCUCUAUGCUAAGCGCACAUGCGGAUUUUUUUUUCAACGCCGUUUUCGACUACAGUUCUCCCGAUGAGUACGGACCGCGUUCCGAAGGUUUGCCGUACUAG